ACGACGAAAACCUACCUGUGUCUACUGCACAUGGCGCUCAGUUCACUGGCGCAUUUCGUUCAAAAUAUAAAAAUAAUACAUUUGACAUGCCGGUAAUGUCUAUUUUGUUUUCGCAUUAGUAAUUAUAUUACUGCGUCGUUUACAUACAAUAUCACGUCGAAAUAUAAUUAAAUUAUUCCGCCGGAAAAUGAUCGUAAACUUGAAUCACUUUAAAGAACAACGGCCCGGUAUUACUUCGUUUUUAACUGGAAUCACGUAUUUCAAAACCAAUAAUAUAAACGCAAACGCCCGGAAGGUUAUUUACUUCUUAACGUUCGUACUAUAUGUACAGAUUGUAAGUAGUAGGCACCUAGUAGGUAUAAAACUAUUCAUUAGAUCUAUUCGUCUAAGACACAUUUUAAUUUAAUUUGUUUUGUCCAGUGGUUUCAGCUUAUUUCGUUUCUGACGUUGAUCAAUUGUUAUUUGCUCCAAUGGUACUCGGAGAAUAUCGAAAAUUUAAAAAACGACGUAUCGCGGGGUAAGUGUGGAUCUCAUUAAGUUAUCAAAUAUUAUUUUGAAUAGAUGGUCAGUUCUUCGAUCGUAUAUGUCUGAAAAGAAAAAAAAAUAUUACACACCAAAUUAAAUUUAUUAAAAUGUUCAUUACUAUCUUUUUCAUUUGAUUUUAUACAUAUAUUUUAUACUAUUGCAUUGGACCAACUAAGGUUUGACAACCCUCUAUUAACUCAUUAUCUCCGUUUAAUUCUUACCUCACUAACAGGCCUCAGUUCACUAAAGUUCAUGGUUUUUUCUCGAAUACGGUGUCAGUUCCUUCAGAAACCCCUCAAGGCGGUAACUUAUCACUAGGGUUCGGGACUUAUCGUGCCAAAAAUUCGCAAAAAGCGCUUAAAAACUUCAAAAAAGCCUUGAAAAAAUAAUUUCAAGCAAAUAUUAUUAGACCAAAUGGUAGAAGGGUUUAAAUUUCCCCCCUCUAAGGCUUUAACAUAUUGAAUAUAAAUUUCUAACGCUACACAAAUGAUUUAUCUAAAGUUAUUUUUUGUAAUAAGUAUAAUUUUAUUUAAACAAAAUACAUUUUUAAUAAUAAUUUGUGUUAUGUUAGAGAAUUAUAAUCAAUAAUUUAGAAUUAGACAGGGACAUUUAAACUAUUCUACCAUUUGGUCUAAUAAUAUUUGCUUGAAGUGCUUUUUUGUAAUUUUUAAGUGCAAUAAAUUCUGAACCCUAUUUAUCACAUAUCUUGUUUAUUUUAUUUUUUAAUGGAAUCUCUUAGGUUCUUAAAAAAUGGUAUGUCUUAUAUUUUGCAGACGAUUCAAAAAUCUUUACUCAAGUUUCAUCAAUAAUCGAUUGUUUAAUUUUACAAGAGAAAUUAAAUACCUAAUUCAACUGAUGCUAAAACUGGGAAAUGAGUCUUAAUACUAGUAAAUGCUACUGUUUUUACAGAUUCCGUGGUCAUAUAAUAGUUAUACGUAAUUUAUAAUUAACAUUAAACUAAAUUCAGUUACUUCAAUUAAAGACCUAGGAAUAGCUUUAACCAGUAAUCAAAACUUUCGGGAACACAUUAAGUGUUUCAUAAACAAAUCUCUACGUGUAUAAGAUUUUGUUAAGCGUCAUUCUUCAGAUUUUAAAGAUUCGCGAUCAUUUAAGCUCCUUUAUUACGCUUUAGUUAGAUUUAUUUUAGAAUAUAGAUCAGCCUAUUUGGAGUCCGUAUUCAAAAUUAGACAAUUCUUUCAUUGAGUGUGUCUAAAAUUGUUUUCUAAGAUGUACUACCUAUAAAUUCAAUAUAUAAUUAUUAAUAAUCAUGAUUAUAUGCAAGUUAAGUUCUUUCUAACUUGCCUGCUGAGCAAUACAAAAUUAGUUUAUUUUAUUUUUAUUUUUAAACAAUUUAUUAUUUCUAUACAAUACCGUCACAUUUUGAUUUAGUGCAGUUUCACAAUUCUUCUUCUUCUUCUUUUUGGUUUUGUCCUUUAAGACUUAAAUAUAACUCUUUCCAACUGUCUCUGUUCGUCGCAGCUUCUCUCCAAUUGAUUUCCUGUUCCAUUGGUUUAAUAUCUUUCUUCAACCUUGAUCUCGCUAAAGGUCUUUUCCCUACAGGGUCUUUUUCUUGUGUCUUUUUUGUUGAGAUUAACAUUUUUCUUGUCCAAACCAUUCACCGACUAUGGAAAAUUUUAAUAAUGCAUAAAACAAUUUAAAAUAAAUUAGUGCCCGUUAUUAUUUGACAAUUUUAGUUAUGUUCAUUUAAAGUUUUUUUUUUUUUUUACAAUUCCAUUUAUCCACCGUGUGAUUACAACCGUUUGAAUGUUUAACUUGAUCAAUGGAAAUAUUACACCCCAGUAUGUGUUCUACUUGUAAAAAAAUUGACAGCAAACCAUAUAUCUAAUCGUUUAAUUUUAUAGUUAGACUUAGUUUUUACUAUUUUCAAUUCGUACCACUGUUCAUAGGAGCCAAUUCAUAUUUACCGGACCACUGAACAGGUAAAUUCUCAAAUAAUCAUUAAAACUAAGAAAGACAUAAGUAUUACCACCGCUCCCCCCCCCAAUAGUCUCGUCCAUAUCUGCAGUUUACUAUCACCGCUCAUGUUUUUUGUUGAGUUAUUUUACAUAACGACAUAGUUGAUACAACGUGAACUGCAAUAGUAAACUGUUUACGAAAUAAUUCACAGACCAUUAGUAAAUUGUAUUCAUAAGAUUAUUACUAAAAUAGUGUGCACAUUUUAACAGGACACACAUGGUUUUACUACAAAUUCUUGCUCGUGUUUCAAAUGUGUGAUGUAAUGAUUUCAGCGUACGAGAGUUACCAAUUAAGAAAAGUCAAGUCCUACGUGGUCAGUGUAUUAUUCAUUAAUUUAAAUUGACUGUCAUGAAUAAAUUAACGAAAAAGUUGAUUUUUUUAUAUGCAGCGCGUUUCCUGUUAUAUAUCCCAUUGUGCAAUCCAUAGACAUAGCAUGGACAAAAUUAUAAAUAAAUCGAUUUUUAAUAAAACAAAAUCAUGUGAUAUUAAGUUAUUAAAAUAUUUUCUACUGGAACUAGAUAUUAUAAGAGAUAAAAAAAAUAAUGGUUUGAUUGUAAAAUUUUAGAUUUUAAUCAAAUGAUUAAUUCAGAAAUUGUAUAUUUUUAAGAACACAUUUAUUGAAUUAAAACGAGUUACUCUGUUACUUCGUAAUAUGAUGUAUUGUUAUGGGUCGCAAUUAUGUUUUAUUCGGUGAUAAGCUUUAACUAUAGUUAAUCAUUUUUAUUAUCAACUAACUAACGUAAUAGUUUGAGUUUCCAUUGAAUAUUUUAACAUUUUAGAACUACUUCUUAUAAACACACAGUUAUUAUAGUUUAUUUCGAGAUUAAUUAAAAACCAUAUAAAUAUAUAUACAUAUACAUUACUUCAUAUUGAACACUUUCAGUUUUCGUUUUUUGUUUAUUUAAUAUAAUCGAGUUAAUUAGUUUCUUUAGCUUUCCAGCCUUCAGUUUCAUUCAUUAAUCUUAUACCGCGUCUUACAAUAUCUCCCGAACUUUUAUUAUAAGAAGUAAAAUUUUAGAAUCUAUAAUAGUUAUUUUUAUCACUAUGUUUGAUAUCUGUACGACUUUUAUCGGGUGAAAUUUUAAAACGCACGAAAUUGUUGUUGUAGAUGGAUACGAAGAGCACUUAUUGAUGAACACCUAGUUUUUCUUUUCAAGUUUUAACUGCUGGACAAAUUUAAUAAAAAAAAAUCAACUAUAAAAUUGAUUACGAUUAUAAAAUCUAAGUAAAUAAAAACUUAAAUCAAACAUGGAAAACAAAUAUUAUAAAGUACCUGACGGAUAACAUUUAUUCGAUAAACCGAAUUCGAGUGACACCUAAUCAGUAUGCUGUAUAGUGUAUUUAAUCGAUUGGUAACUAGGGUAGGUUAGACCGCUAUAUAUCCAAUGAAAUAUUCAAAAAUUAUUUUAUAGAUAGAUUGAACUGAUAACAUUUUUGUUGAAUUCCACUUUGUCGUUGCGGGAGGAAAGGGUUUUUUUUUAGCUUCGUACACUUCUAUAAAGUGUAAUUUAUCAAUUUAAUAUAAAACGCUAUUUCACAAAGUAUUGAUUUUUUCGAGAACAUUUUUUCUGAAAGUUUAAGAAACAAGCAACACUAAAAUGUUAAAUUAUUUUUUUUUUUUGAAAAAUAACGAGACUGUUUUGUUUUAAAUUAAUCAUCGUGAAGACCCCAAAUGAACCAAGGGAAUGUAAUUUUGUGUACACAUAGUUUAAGUAUAAAGGAUGCGCCUUUUAAGAGUUUCAACUUUUAAGUUGUUUCUCAACCAAUUGUAUGCCCGAAUUUCAUAUUUUCACAGGGAAUACCGGGUUUAAAAUACUACUAUACAAACGUAUAAAACGAAAUUAAAUGUAACGACAUAGAGUCAGCUGGCGAAAAGUAUUUGCUGCUUACGGGUUUUUUUUUAUUUAUUCUGAAUGUAAUGUAAUAAAAUAUACUUGUCAAAUUAGAUAUGCCGAUUAUUGACAUAUCCGUACAUAGGAUCAAGCGUAUUAAAAACCUAUACGAUAUACAAAUAUACUUUCUGCCGAAAAAUACAGGGCUUAAAUUUAAUAUUAUACAAAUAAAUAUUGCAAAAAAUAUAUCAUAUUUCGUUGCGUUUACAUACCUACUAUAUUUUUAGUACGUAACUCGCAAAUUUCACAUCGCAAAAAAAAAAAAAAUGUUGAAAAAAAAACAAUAAUUAUUAUAGGUAGGUAUUUAAUAUAUUUUUUACACGCAAAAGUGGAUUUUUUUUUUUUAACUUUUAUAAUAUUGUUCUUGCAACUCGUUUGAGAUUUUUAUCGUACCCAAGUCUAAAAAAAAAAAAUAGAUUAAUAUAAUAUUAUAAUUCGCAUAUUUUCUUUUGUUAAUAAUGAAACCUUAAAGUGUACCGAACAUAUUAAAAUAUAACAGUGCAGUUAAUAUUGUUAUAAUUAUUUAUCCGUAAUAGGAACUAAUUACAUCGGCUUAAAUUACAUGACAAUACUAGGUGUACAAUAUAAGUAAUUUCCGUUUUACUGCCGUGCUUAAAUAUCUAAUUUGAAUAAUAUUAUGUACCCAACAAUAAAAGUCCAAAAAUUAAUUUUGUCAAAUACCACGAAUAUCAACCUAUUGAACUCAAUUUCGGAAGGUAGCCGAUAGGACCAUAAUAUUAUGUGUACUCUUAUUAUAGUAUUAUAUCGCACUUUUAAGUGCUAACAGGUAAAUUACUGUAAUUACAACAUAAUAUCAUUAGUAAUAUUAAUAAAUAAUUAUUGUUUUUGCAGUAUAACAACAUGGAAGGCGUCGGUUUGUGGAUAAUCUAUAAUGAUCUCUACGUUUUGUCGUCUACAGUAUGGUGCAUAUGUUAUCUCAGGCCGAAUAUCGAAUAUCACGCAAUAUAUUGGAAAUUAAUGUUAUUCUGUAAGUACACGGCCACGACGAUAUUUCCCGAAUUCUAUUAGAUUCUGAUCGCGUGAGAAACGUGUUGGUUUUAGAACACGUAUGAUUUUUUCAAACACAAUGAUUAAUCAUUGAUGAUGCAAAACGAGUUUGGUCGACCUCAUCAUGAAGAUGAUGCGUUCGUUUUGCAGGUAGUUAACCGGACAAUGGUAAAAUAUAAAUUGAGGUGAACUCCAUGUGCACCAAACAGAAAUCUUAAUAUUAAUUUAAGACAAAGAAAUAUAGGGAAUCAACAGAACAUUAUUAUUAUCAGGUGUUAACUCGGGUGUUAAUAAUAGUUAAUAAUAGUAAUAGUUAAUUGUCCGCAAUAAUAAUAUUCAAUGAAAACCACUGAAUGUGUUUAUUUAUUAUGGUAUCACUAUUAAAUUAGUCAUAUUUAUUUGUCUCAAUUUGUUCGUAAUCUUUUAGUUUUUACAGUUUAUAAGGCUUACAUAAUCUACAGAAUGUUUAAGGCCGACAAAGCGUCGCACAUUGUUUUGGAACAGAUUUCGAUACCGUCGGAACAUGACACACCGAAAGUCAGUUGACCUUAUUAUAAUAUUAUGCAUUUUAUUCGGCGUGUAUAAUCUUCUUGUUUUUGUUUCAUUGCAGUCGUCCGUUACUAAAUACCGAUAUGUGCAAUUACAAGAGUCCAAAUUUGAAACUACUGCCGAAAAACUAGACAAUUUCGUACCUUUAGUCCACAAAUCCGGAUUAAAAUCGAAUGCAAUAAUUCGACAACCAACGACCGUAUCCAUGUGCAAUUGAAAAAUAUAAUAUAGGCAACAGUCGUGUCAAAACUUUUAUUAUUUCGGAAUGGGUCUACGUCCUG